AUGGAGAAUAAUAAAUUAAGUGGUGAAGAAACGGUUCUUGGUGCAGCUUAUGAUAUUCAGUACUUUCGACAAACAUCUGCUGGUUGGGUUAUUCGUGAUCAAUAUGGUGUGGUUAAGUACUGGGCAAUGGCACGACUAGGACAUGCUAUGUCUCCACUUGAAGCAGAAUAUAAGGCUCUUGUGGCUGCAGUACAAUGUGUUAUUUUCUGGGGUUAUAAGUCAAUGGUGUUUGAAGGAGACUGUGAAGUACUGAUACGUAUGAUGCUUGGUGGAAGAAAGGAAUAUAGCAUUAUUACUUUAUGUAAUGAUAUUAUAAGUUGGAGCCAGAGAUGGUUGGAUGACAUACCCUUCGUUAUUCUCUACGCUCUCUAUAUUCACCAACUUCCAUUUAAUAAGUGUCCAUGA